CCUGAUGAUCCAAUGAUUUUGAAAUGUCACAAUUACGAUAAUUGUAAGAAACAAGAAAAAGAUAAACCAGAUUUUUGUAAUGUAACAGCAGAGGCAUUACGGUUUAUUAGAAUUGUAAAAGUAUUAUUACAAUAUGCGAAUAACUUAUCUGAUUAA